AUGGACGAGCUUGAGAAGCAGAGACGCGAGCUGGAGGCGAUUGCCGCCAAAUUAGAGGAGGGACGCCUACUGCUCGAUGCAGCUGUAAAGUCUGUGCAAGACGGCCAGGCCAGAAGUACAGACUUGCCCAAGUAUCAAGAGGAGGCACGAAAAUUGUGCCAAGAAAAGGCAAAUCAUACACAGGCCCUGUCAAGCCGCCUGGAAGCUUGGAAAAAGGAGCUACAGUAUAUCAAAGAAGGCACACAAGCUCUCCAAGAGGUUGCCGAGAAUGAUGGCAACUGGUUUCGGAUCAGGUGGGAGGCCUACCAGAUUCAAGAGGAAAUAUACCACAAAGCAUUGCUUGUCACCACUUCUCGUACCACCUUGCCGGCUGAGCUGCCGGAAUAUAUCAAGAGGCUCGUGCCCAUGAAUGUCAGGGAAGAGAUGACGACGCCGCUCAAGAAAAUGAUUGAGAGACGGGACAAAACCAUUGAAAGACUCGAGGCCGAGGCCAGAGAUGCCGAUAAUCAGCAUGAGAGAGCAAUUGAAAGACUCGAGGCCGAGGCCGAAGAUGUCGAUAAUCAGCAUGAGAGAGCAAUUGAAAGACUCAAAAGUCAACAUGAGAAAGAAGUCGAGGACCUCGAAAGUCGACAUGAGAAAGAAGUCGAGGACCUCAAUACGCAGUUGAGGCAUGCAGAGAGCCGGACCGUGGCUGCCAAGGCAGAUCGCGAGUCUACUAUCUCGCUUUACAAUGCCGAGCAGACAAUCAUUCAAGAAAAGGGCCAGAUCAUCAAGUCCUUGAAGGAGAACAUCAACACGUUGAAGGAGGAGAUUGCAUCUCAAAAGGCUACCAUUGAAGACAGGGAUCUGAUUAUUAAAACAAAGGACAAGUAUAUCAACACGUUGAAGGAAAAGAUUGCAACUCAAAAGGCUACGAUUAAAGACGGGGUUGUGACUCUUACAACAAAGGAUACGUCUAUCAACACGUUGAAGGAGGAGAUUGCAUCUCAAAAGGCCACCAUUCAAGACAGGGAUGUGACCAUUACAACAAAGGACAAGUAUAUCAAUUCCUUGAAGGAGAAGAUUGCAACUCAAAAGGCUACGAUUAAAGACGGGGACGUGACUAUUACAACAAAGGAUAAGUUUAUCAACACGUUAAAGACAACCAUUGACUCUAAAAAGGACGUCAUUAGAGCCAAGAAUGCAGAAAUUCAGGAAAAGGUUGAAUUGAUCGACUCCUUGGAGAAAGAGGUCCAGUCCAGUCAGGGGGCCGUCAAUGCCCACAAGAAGACGAUCGGUUUCCUACGCGGCAGGAUUUCAUCGAGCAAGAGAGUGACCAAGCUCAAGGGCAGGACCAUUGAGUCUUUGCGAAAGACUAUCAAGUCCCGCAAAUUGUUACUCGAUGCGAGAAAGAAGAAAAUCAGUCUUGUAGCAGCUAGACUGUCGAGUGUCAAGGCUUCGAGAGCUGCGACAAUGACUAGCCUCGGCGAUUUGCAAGGUCGAUACGACGCCAGACAGGCCGAAUUGGCCAUUUUGCAGGGUUAUAAUACCAAUUUGUUACGCAAUAUUGCUCGGUUGUCUGAAAGAAGAGAGAACCUGGAAGAAGUUUGGGUGUCUGCCAAUGGCUUGCUGCAAGCCAUGGAGAACCUGGGCCAGAUCAGGACCGAGACUAUCAAGUCGUUACGAGGUCAAGUGGAAUCUAAUCAGGCAUUGAUGGCUAACAAGGACAGGGCCAUUGCGUCUUUGGAGACUGAAAAGACAACAGCCAACAACAGUAUCGAUGCAUUGAAUCAUACCAGUGCUGAGAAGACCGAGACCAUUACGUCGUUGACAGCUAAUGUUGCAUCUAGGGAUCAAGACAAGAAACGCCUGGAGGAAGACAUGAAGGCUCUUGAAUCUAGUCAUGCAAAUGCUGUUGAGCAGUUGAAAUCAGAGCAAGCACAAGCGAUGCAGAAGCUCAGUGGCAAGGCGGAACAAGACUUGCUAGAAAAGGCACGGCAGGUUGAGGGGCUCAAGACCGAGCUUUCCCAGAAGGAGGCCGAACUUUCCGGGAAGCAAAGUGAACUUUCCGGUAAGCAAACUGAACUUUUCCGGAAGGAGACCGAACUUUCCCGGAAGCAGGCCGAACUUUCGGGAAAGCAGACGGAACUUUCGGGGACGCAGAGGGAACUUUCGGGGACGCAGGCCGAACUUUUCAGAAAGGAGGCCGAGCUCCAGUCAAGCAAGCAAUCUCUUGACAAGGCAGACGAGACCGUCAACAGCCUGCGUCAAAAGGUUACGGACCUGACAGCUAAUGCGCGCAAGGGCGCGGAUCUGGCUCGAGUCAACUCUGGUCGCAUCCAGGACCUCGAGGCGCAAAAGGUCAUACUAACAGAGGGUUUAGCUGUAUCUUUUGCUACCGAGUUCAAGUCAAGCGCUGACGUGGCAUCAUGGGUGCCAUUCGUCAACAGCCUGGCUAAACACACUUGUGGGAAUGCACAACCUUUGGCGGGCGAAAAACCUUGGGUUAUUCUCCCCCCGUGGACCUCGGAUGACCCGGUGGGUGAGAAGCCCGCCCCGAGCUCAGUGACGUCUCUCUGUGGGCAGCUCUUUUCGGGUCUUUUAAAGACUGAAUUCAACAACUGCCACAUUCAUCUCCUUGGCAUGUUGACCAAGUCUCUGGCAGAAGAGGCGUCCCCGCCAGUCAAUCUGGUUAUCCUGGUGCUUGAAAAAUGCUUGGCCGAAUCUGAGCAACGUCAUGUUACCCAGCACACGUUUGACCACUUUUACCUGAUUCCCCUUUGGCAAGUUGCCACGGUUUUGAGCGACAGGUGGCCGGACCAUCCAACGCAGUCCUUGUGUGACAAGGUCCGUGAUUUGGUGUCUAGCUGUUACUGUGCGCCAGUUUAUGACGCCAUCAAAAAUGGUUGCGAUGCAAUGGCUUCACAACUUGUGGGACUGGAAGAACCAAGUCGCCAGAGCAUGUUUUUGCCCACUCUUGGAAUGGGUUUCAUGGGGUUUGGCGGACAACUCCGCGAAGGAAUUCUGGUUGUUUGCCCCCGUGAUCGAUCUCUCAGGCUUGUAACAAGCAGCCAGUGUGUAUGGGAAGGCGAUGUUUAUCGCAUGCGAGCUCCACAAGGGGAGCAGGAUAUUCUGCUGGAGCCCAAGACGAGCGCAGAAUAUUUCUGGAUCUUUGCUAAUACCGAUCAAAAGUAUGUAUAG